CGUCCCUCCUCGGCUGCUGCAUUUGAAGGCGGAGUUGAGUGAAAUAAAGUCCUGUUAGAAACAACGCUGGAGUCACUGGUCGCUCUCACUUUCUCUGGAUGAAUAGACUUCGUUUGUCGUUUUUUUUUGUCUCAUUUUCAUUGCGGUCGUCUGUGGUCGAAACGUCAGUGGACUGAUACGAUCUCAAUUUCACCUGCGGUACAAGUGGAACUAGCGUCACGUCCAGAUCGGUGCUGUAUAAUCACAAUGAGGCACCUUUCCUUAUUGUGCCUGUGUGCACUGGUGAUCCUGCCUAGCCUCGAGGCCGCGCUGGCUCAUUCGUAUGGGGAACGCGGCUCGGAUCUCGGCAUUCAGGUGUUUCAGCAAGUAGUCCGCUCCAAGCCCCUGGAGAAUGUGGUGUUUUCACCCCACGGAGUAGCUUCCAUCCUGGGCAUGCUGCUACCUGGUGCCCACGGAGAAACCAGGAAGCAGAUCAUCAGAGGUCUCCGCUACAAGAAAAAUGGUCCCUACAAGAUGUUAAAGAAGCUGCACAAGACCCUGACCGCCAAGUCCAACCAGGACACUGUGCUGAUUGCCAAUGCCAUUUUCAGCCAGGAGGGCUUCCCCAUGGAGGAGUCCUUUGUGGCCACCAACAGAGGCAACUUCCAAAGUGAGACCAGGAGCUUGAACUUCAGCAAACCCGAGGAGGCGGCCAAUGAAAUCAAUGAAUGGGUCAACAAUAAGACCAAAGGUCACAUCUCCAGCUUGGUCAAACCAGACAUGCUGGACCCGGAGCUGACCCGUCUGGUCACUGUCAACUCGAUCUACUUCAAGGGCUUGUGGAGGUCCCGCUUCCAGCCGAUGAACACCAAGAUGAGGCCCUUCAAGGCAGGAGAUGGGAAUGAAUAUUCAGUCCCAAUGAUGUCCCAGCUGUCUGUCUUCAACAUAGGCAUGGCCACCACACCUCAGGGGCUGAAGUAUAAGAUCAUCGAGCUGCCGUAUCAUGGCAACACCAUCAGCAUGCUGAUGGUGUUGCCCUCUGACGAGGACACACCCCUGUCCCAUGUCAUCCCGCACAUCAACACAGAGACAGUGCAGAGCUGGACCAAACUGAUGCACAUUAGGAAAGUCCACCUGGUCAUCCCCAAGUUUACUGUGGAUGCGGAGGUAGAUUUGGAAGCUCCUCUUGCAGAACUGGGAAUGACAGAUAUGUUCAGUCAGGGCAAAGCUGACUUCAGACACCUCAGCGCUGAGCCUUUGCAUGUCUCCAAGGCUCUGCAGAAAGCCAAAAUUGUUGUGAAUGAAGACGGAACAAAAGCAGCAGCUGCCACUGCUGCAAUUUUGCUGGCUCGGUCCUCUCCGCCGUGGGUGACGGUGGACAGACCUUUCCUCUUCCUCAUCAGACACCACCCAACAGGUACCAUCCUCUUUAUGGGCCAGAUCAACAAGCCUUGAGCCCAUCACUGGACAGCCGCUGGCAGAGUCAUGGGCCAGCACAGGAAAUGAUUCUACUCUGCCACGCAUGAACACGCACACAUCCACAUGAAUACACACCCACAUACACACUUUGCUGUAGACUUAUGUACAGUGGGGACAUAUGAUUUUAUUUGUUAUAUAUAUUGCUUUUUAUGUUACCCAUUGUCUGUAAUGCAUAACAUGCUUUAUAAAAUGUUUUGCAGACUAAAUUUGCCUGCCGUUUUAAUUUUUUUGUAUCCUUUUUUUAUUUUGAAUUUAUUACAUUUUUAAAACAAUUUGAAUGUAAUCUGUGUAUUUUCUCAACUCUGUAUUUUCUUUCUUUUUUGAGGGAAUUUAUCGAGUCACUUUUCAGUUUGUCAUGUCACUCCUUAGUUACGACAUUCAGCUUCUUUAAGAUGAUUGUUUCCCUCUCUGAGAAAAUCUUCUGUUAUUGUACUUGCUGCAUAUUUCGAGAGAAUAAAUACACAUGUUUAUAACAACAA